AUGCGGCUCCAGCGCCUCGUCUCGUCUCUCUCCCGCCUGGGCGGAGAGCUCCUCCGCCCGGCGGCGACCCGUGCUACCGUUUUCUCUCGUUCCGCCUCCGCGGCAUCUCCGCCGUGCGGCUUGCGCGCAGUCUCUUCGUCGCGGCUGCAAGCUCUCCGCGCCGCUCCUGCCGUAUCUCGCGCCUCGUUUGGAGCGACAGCCGCCCGCAGAGCCACCAUGCCCUGCAGUCUUCUCUCCCCAGAGCCCUGUCCGCGUCCCUCGCAGCUGUCUCUCUCGCCUCUUUCUGCGCGGGCCCCUGCGGCUCCACUGCGUCUCGCCGCCGCCCAGGCGUGCCCGCGCCUGUCGCGUCCCUCUGCUGCACGGUCCGGUGCGCCGCCAGCCGCUGCAUGCGCCCCCCGCGUCUCUCCGCUCUCCGCGGCGCCGCUGCUGCCCUGCCUGACCCCCCUCGUCCGCAGCUUCUCGACGCGCAGCAUCAGCGGCAGACUGUUCUACAAGCGCCGGCCGCUGCAGGUGCCCAAGCUGAAGCCGCCAAACAUGCGCAGCAAGUGGCUGGAAGGCGCGCCGCAGAAGAAAGGCAUCUGCGUCAAGGUACGCGUGCAAACGCCUCGCAAGCCGAACUCAGGUCUGCGCAAAGUCGCACGCGUUCGCCUCAGCACAGGCCGCACCGUCCUCGUCUACAUUCCGGGUAUCGGACACAACUUGAACGUCCACUCCGUCGUUCUGGUGCGCGGCGGCAGAUGCAAGGACGUCCCCGGCUGCAACUACAAAGCAGUGCGCGGCGUGGGCGACUUGCUGCCGGUGAAAAACCGCGAGCGGAAGCGCUCCAAGUACGGCGUCAAGCUCUCGUCGGAGAAGAAAGAGUGGAGGCUGCACCGAUGGAACAACAAGCACCUGACCGUGGAGAAGGAUCGCGAGCUCUUCAAUCAGUUUCGCUGGAUGACUUGGAAAGACGAGGAGGGACAGAUGCGAACAAGCCCCCUCGCCGAAGACGAAGAGGUUCCGCGACACACGCGCCUCUUCAACAAGUGGUAUCGCCUCAAAAUGCAACGCGAGGGAAAAGAAACCUGA